AAAUCUCUACUUGUUUGUCCCUCUAUCUUUCACGGUGGUAUACAUUGCGCGAAGUUGUGCCCGCGAGCGAGUGACAGAAUUUCUUGUAUGUAUAAGACCUGUUACGAUUUUUUAUGCAAAGAUAUCUUUUGUAAAAUACGUGAGUCCGACAUGAAUCCCUCGGAACCAAGUGGCACCGAGACUCUCAGGUACAAUGAGUUUACAUUGGACGAUUCUACAACAAGUUCUAAGAUGAAAGAUGUAAUUGACGUUCUUGCAAUGCAACGGGAAAAGAGAAACACGCUACAGAAAAGCAUUACAAUCGAUUAUACCAAAUCUAAUGACACUUUCGCAGCUUCACGAUUUAUCUUCGAGUGCGGCUUGAAAUUAGAAGCUCAUCCAUUAACAAUAGCAACCGCUGCGACGUUAUAUCACAGAUUUAUGAAUGAAGCGACGCCACAAGGAUACGACAAUUACCUGAUAGCAGCAACCUGUCUUUACUUGGCCAGUAAAGUAAAAGACGACACACUGAAAAUAAGAGACAUCAUGAACGUAUCCUACAACACGCUUCACAGAGGAUCUCAGCCGUUAGAUCUUGGGGAUCAAUAUUGGAGUAUGAGGGAUGGAAUUGUCCAAGCGGAACUGUUGAUCAUGAGAAUGCUUAAGUUUCAGGUUGUGCCUGUGCAUCCACAUAAGUAUUUGCUUCAUUACUUACGAUCUUUACAAGCUUGGUUCGGUGAGGAGGAGUGGUCCAAGUAUCCAGUAGCCAAAACCAGCAUGGCGUUACUACAAGAUUUUCACCAUUCCCCAGCUAUUCUCGAUUAUCCACCAAAUUUAAUAGCCAUAGCUUGUAUCAACUUGGCGUUGCAAAUUUAUGGUGUAGUUGUACCUUUGAUGGACGAGUGUGACCAACAGCCAUGGUUCAAUGUUUUCUGCAAGGACCUGACGAGAGAAAAAUUGUGGGAAAUUAUGGAGAAAAUCAUGGCCUCGUACGACGAAGAACCUGAAACGCGAGAUAACUGAUUGUCGUGUAUUUGCACCUAUCGCAAUAAUAAGAUUGUGGAAGAUUUUUAAUUGUACUAUUUUUUGUGAAUUGUACUACUAGGCUACAUUGACUGUCAUCAAUGAAGAUGUGUUUUGGAGUGUAAUUUUUAACCAUAAGUGGAAAAAAAUAAAUUAAAAUAAAGAAUAAAACAAA